CUUCCGUUUAAUGUUAGGAGGGAAAAUUGAUUGCAUAAAAUGAAGAUAGUAACUUUGUUAAUGAUAUUAGUUAAUGUAUCCAUGAAAAGCUAAUCAUAUUUGAAGUGUAGAAAUUUCCAUUAUGUCUAGACGGGGCAAAAAGAGGGUUGAUUACUCUCACUUUGGAAUGCUGGAUGAAGAUGAUGAUGAUUUUGCUGAAUUUACUCCCCCUGCAUCAAAAAAGAUCAAGACAUCCUCUUCAAAAUCCGAGGGAAAACCCAAAGACAAAAGUUCAAGUAAAAAUGAGAAAAACAAGAACAGUAGAACAGAGAGAAAAUCCUUGAAUCGGCCAAAACCAGAUGAUGAACUUUUUGAAAAUGAACUUCAAAUGGCACUAGAAAUGUCCAUGAGUGAAUCACAGGAAGUGAAAGAAGAGAGCCCCCUGGUGGACAGUAACAAAGAAAAUAAAGCUCAGACAGAGAUGGAAUCUGUAAAGCAUGGAAAGGAAGAAGAUUCCUCUAAUCUUGUCAGUGUGGAGAAUGAAGUGAAGGGAGAUAGCAAACCACAUAAACCAGUUGUAGCCAAAACAAGUGAUGAUGAGAUAGAGGUAAUAGCCACAGAUAUUACAGAAAACAUUAAACCCAGGAGAGCGCCAGCUCCUAAAAAAUCAAAACAGCAGGAAGAGAGUGAUUUUGAAGAUGAUAUGGAUGAUGUUUCCAGUGAAGAUGAUGAUGAUGAUGAUGAUGAUUAUAUUGGAGAAGAUAGUGAUUUUGAUGACUGUAAAAAGAAAUCAAAGUCUAAAGCAAAGACAAAACAACCAAAAAAGUCAGCAGCACCUGCAAAAGUGAAAGCAGCACCAGUUUCAAAAGUGAAAGUAGCACCAGGAAAGGCUACUAAGCCAAGUGUGCCGAAAUCGACCGUGAAGACGCCCACUCUGAAGACGUCUAGUACAGCUAAACCUUCAGUUACCAGGCCUAGCCCUGUAAAUAGACCACCCCUGACCAGUCCCUCACCAAGAUGGAACCCUCCAGGUCCUGCAGGAAACAAGAAAAGUGAUGCAUCCUCUAUAUGUUCUCCAACAUCAGGCUUAAGACUCGGGCUGUCACGGAAUAUGAAACUCAAACCACUGCAUCCUAAUCUUCAAGUUCAACACUGAUAAAGUGAAUCAGUUUUUCCAGAAUUUUCUUACAGAAGAUUUAGAACCUGUGAAUAAUUGAAAUGUGCAUGAUAGAUCAACACAUAUUGGUCCAGUAGAUUCUACACACAAUUCACACACGUAGUUUUAUUUGUGCAUGAAUUUUUCAUCAGAACGCUGUGUAAGGGGAUACUUUUGCAAUAAGUAUUCAUCACAAUCCUUAAAACACUUGGCUUGAUAAGUCUUACCAAAUGCCAACCACAAGAAUGAAGUUCUACAUGUAUAUCUGAUUCACACACAUGAUUUGACUGGCAUGUUUAUGUGCAAAGCCUUAUUUAAAUUAAGUAAUUGUUUUUCUCUCCUAUGUAACAUCUCUGAUCAAAUUCCUCCAAUAAUUUAUUGGUGCCUCAAAGAAAACAGCAGCUUUUUCUUUACACACUUUUAGUGCAAAACUACAAUUCUAAAUAUACAUUUAUAUGAAAAAUUGGUCCCUAAAAUACAUGUUUUAAUGAUUUCCUAAACAUUGUACUGAUACAUGUGAACUGUUGUGGUGGAACAAAAUUAAUUAACACUUCAUUAUUUUUAAUAUUCAUUUUAAUAUAUAUGUACAUGUAUAAAGUAAAAAUAGUAUUUGUGAAAAUACUGUCAACAAAUUUUCCAUGUUUACCAUCAUUGCCAUGUUCUGUCUUGUACCACUAAUAAAAGGCUGAGAGGAGUUGA